AUGGGUCGGCUCGACCGGAUUAAUACCACGGCCUCACAGAAUACCGGCGUGGGUUCGCCGUCUCAAGUGAUGGACGAUACCAAGUUCCACCGAAGUUAUCCGAAUAUUGUACCUGCCAGUAGUAUUAAUAAGGAACUUGUUGACAUUAUGUUGAAGAGGAUGGACCCAGAUUUGGAUGGUGUUAUAAACUUUCAAGACUUUCAUGAUUCUGUUAUGAAGACUCCAUCCUUGUUGGAGAGUCUUGGCUACUGUCUCCCAGAGAGACCGGCAGUUUAUGCUUUUAUUGCCACCUGGUGCCCGCGAUGGGCAAGGAUGUGA